AGGCGCCCGCCGCGCGCUGGGAAGUCGGUGCCGCCGCCCGUCCGCCAUGCGUCCCGGGGCGCCGGGGCCGCUGUGGCCGCUGCCCUGGGGGGCCCUGGCCUGGGCCGUGGGCUUCGUGGGCUCCGUGGGCUCGGGGGACCCCGCGCCCGGUGGUGUUUGCUGGCUCCAGCAGGGCCGGGAGGCCACCUGCAGCCUGGUUCUGAAGACCGACGUCAGCCAGGCUGAGUGCUGCGCCUCUGGCAACAUCGACACCGCCUGGUCCAACUUCACCCACCCGGGGAACAAGAUCAGCCUCCUGGGCUUCCUGGGCCUUGUCCACUGCCUGCCCUGCAAAGAUUCGUGCGACGGCGUGGAGUGCGGCCCGGGCAAGGCGUGCCGCAUGCUGGGCGGCCGCCCGCGCUGCGAGUGCGCGCCCGACUGCGCGGGGCUCCCGGCGCGCCUGCAGGUCUGUGGCUCGGACGGCGCCACCUACCGCGACGAGUGCGAGCUGCGCGCCGCGCGCUGCCGCGGCCACCCGGACCUGCGCGUCAUGUACCGGGGCCGCUGCCGGAAGUCGUGCGCGCACGUGGUGUGCCUGCGGCCGCAGUCCUGCGUGGUGGACCAGACGGGCAGCGCACACUGCGUGGUGUGCCGCGCGGCGCCCUGCCCGACGCCCUCCAGCCCCGGCCAGGAGCUCUGCGGCAACAACAACAUCACCUACAUGUCCUCGUGCCACCUCCGCCAGGCCACCUGCUUCCUGGGCCGCUCCAUCGGCGUGCGCCACCCGGGAAGCUGCACAGGCACCGCAGAGCCGGCAGAGGCUGAGUCGAAGGAGAAGGAGGAAGAGGAGGAAGAGGAUGAGGAGGAGGAAGAGGAGAACUUCGUGUGAGCCUGCGGGGCGGCCUGGGCCUGGCGUUCAAGGCCUCCCCGUUUUAUUUAUUGCUGCAGCAGAGUCUAAUUUAUGUCCCCCGGAGACUCCCCAGAGCCUGGACCGGGACUAUCUGGGGAGCCCCAGAGCCCCGCGACGAUGUCUUGGAAGGGCUGGGGGAAGGAGCCCUGGGAGCAGGGCUGCGGGGUGAGGCCUCCACCCCAGCCACCCUGCUGCCUGGGAGGACCCCGCGCUUCUGCUCCCUCGGGGGUAGCUCUUCAUUAUCGUGGCCCCCGGGAGGGCUGGGGAUUCCCUGCCAGCAGUUAGUCAAGAGGGACCCCAGCCUUUUAGAACACAGACGGGGGGGUGAGGAGGCAGCCCGCAGCCUGGCAUGUUUAGACGAGUCUCAGAACGUGCCAGACCCCAGACGGGCCAAGGAAGUGACCGCUGCCCUCUACCAGCCCAGGAACUCCAGGGCCUGCCCUCCCGCUGCGUCCGUUUCUCUGGUACCUCUUGAAACACCAGCUUGUCCCCUGGGGCGGGGGGACGAUAUCUGUGCGUCCUGGUCCGGGCCUCAGGGUGCAGCGGCCAGCCUUGGCCCAGAACAGGGCACCACGUCCAACGGUGCCCAAUCCGCUUAGGUGGCGACCCCGUGCGCCCGCAAGCUGCUGCUCACCCACUGGCUUGGGGUGGGGUGUAGACCCGAGGCCCACUGCACCCCUGGGGCCUGCUGGCCCAUCUACAGGGGAGGUCCAGACCCAGGACCCCUUGGUCCCACGUGGGCCACCCUGGUCCCGGCUGGACCCUCCUCGCCCGACAGCCCGGCUCAGGGGUCUCAACACCAGCCAGAUGCCGGCCUUGGGCCGAUUCCUUUCAUUCCGUCUGGGCUGUCGCUCAACGUCACCUCCCGGUCCGUGCGUGCAGACCAGAGGCUCAGACCAGACGUGGGGGGUCUAGCUCCCCGAGUUUGGGGCGAGGAGCUAGGGGGCAGUUGUGGUUUCCGUCUCCCAGCCCCCAGGAAGUGCCUUAUUUGUGACACCCAGAAAAGUGCCCUUGAGGAGGAGGUGGGCUCACUCAAGCCCCCCGACAAGGCACCUCCCCCACCCUGGGGUCCUCACCAAAGAAAUAAAGACUCAGAAGCCA